AUGGUGGUUACAAUGGUCUAUGCUAAAUGUUCAGAAGUGGAGAGAAUGCAGUUGUGGGAUAGUUUAUACUUCUUGGCUAGUAACAUGACAUCUCCUUGGCUAAUUGGUGGAGAUUUCAAUGUUAUAUUGAAUGAAGAAGAAAAAAUAGGAGGUUUAGCAGUAUUGCCACAAAUAUAUGAAGAUUUUGCCUUUUGUUUGAAUUCUUGUGAAUUGCAUGCGAUGGCUUUCAAAGGGAGUCCUUUCACCUGGUGGAAUGGUAGAGCUGCCAAUGACUGCAUUUUGAAGAAAUUGGACAAGAUUGUGCAUAAUGAUACAUUUCAGAAUUGGUUUGGACAGCUAGAAGUGGAACAUUUCUUAAGGACUGGUUCUGAUCAUGCACCAUUACUUGUGGAACAUGAUACUUUUCUUGACUUUGUUAAGCGGCAAUGGGAAGUAGCCUUAUCUGAUGAUGUGUUUCUGUCCUUUAAACUCAAGAUGAAGAAACUGAAAGCUGCUUUAAGUACAUGGAGUAAGGCUACUUUUGGGGACAUUUUUAAACAACUAGUAAUCAGAGACGAUAUAGUUAAGAUUAAAGAGCAGUUUUUUGAGGAGAAUCCAUCUGAAGAAAAUAGAAGGGUCAUGCAAAGGGCACAAGCAGAACAUAAAUUGUAUCUUCACUAUGAGGAAGACUUCUGGAGGCAAAAAGCUGGAAUGGACUGUUUCUCAGAAGGUGAUAAGAAUACAAGAUAUUUCCACAGUCUGGUAAAAGGAAGAAGGAAAAGAAUCCAGAUUAAGAGGAUUAAAGAUGCUACUGGAAAUUGGCUAGAGGAUGCUGAUAGAGUUGCUGCUGAAGCUGUUAAUUUUUUCCAUAAGCAGUUUACUUAUGAGGAGGUUAGUGAAGAUUCUCCAAUUCUUAAUCAUAUUCCUGAACUUAUUAGAGAGGAGGAUAAUAUACUACUUGUUGAAUAA